CUGAAGGUGUUGAUCUUCAGGCGGCGUUUUAGAAUUGGCCGUUACACUACUUAGAAUGUAAAGAUGCUGAACUGAGGGGCUGACAUAUGAUGGAUUCUCAGUGGGAGGCGCUGUUCAAUUACUCGGGCUCAUCGCCUGACCAUCCGUAUCUCCCAAAUGUUUCGAAGCCUGUUUACAUACUAGGAUGUAAAUAUGACUCCAAAGAUGAACAUCUGAAUUUUUCUUAAACGAUUAUGCUGUAAAUGUCUUCGCAUUGUCCUACUAAAGUUAUUCCUCAGUUUAAUUGCUGCCUUUUUGGCGUUAGAAGAGUGCAGUGUACUGAAAGCAUCCCUUAUAGAUAUGUAUUACAGAUAAUAAAAAAUAGAUUGAUAUUACACCACUGGCUUUAAUGGUAAAACCCCUUUUGUUAAUGUAGUUUUUUGCACUUUUUUUUAUUUAUUCAGACAGGGAAGAAAUUGCCCAUCAUUUAAAAUCUAGAUUAUGGAUGACAUACCGAAAAGGUUUUUCUCCAAUUGGCAGUCGAAAUGGGCCUAAAUCAGAUGCAGGUUGGGGUUGUAUGCAUCGGUGUGGGCAAAUGGUUCUUGCGGAAGCAAUGUUGAGAUUUCACCUUGGAAAAUCUUGGAAAUGGAGUAAUGAACAGGAAAAUCCUGAAUAUUAUCGUAUUUUGCAAAUGUUUCAAGAUCGUCGAUCUGCACUUUACUCAAUUCAAACUAUAACACUUACAGGCGUAUCAGUUGGUAAAUCUAUUGGCAGUUGGUUUGGUCCUAACACUGUUGCACAAGUGAUCAAGAAAUUGUCUGUCUAUGAUCGUUGGACAAAUCUUUUUGUUCAUAUUUCUGUUGAAGAUGGAAUUAUUAUAGAUGAAAUCAAAUCUUUAUGCUGUCAACGUCGAUCCUAUUUCAACUUCAAUAAUGAUCUGUCACAAAAUGAGAAUAAAAAUGAGCCGAAUGAUUCAACAAUCCAUAAUUCUAAUGAGAAUGCUAUUGAUGCCGGAGAGGAGUCGGACUCGUCAACAUCCUCGUUUAGUUGUCCAUUUGUUCAAAAUAUUUCAGAAUUAAAUCAGAGUUGUGAUUGGAAUAAAGAAGCACUUCAAAAGUGUAAUUAUGAUACAGAUUUAGUUGAGUCAGUUACGGUAGAAACAACACAGAAUAGUUUACAAUCCCAACUCCAGUUACCUGUGACUAGAGAAGUGGAUGACAGUUGCAUUGAAAUUGUUCUACCUCCAACUUUCACAAAUUCCACAUGUACAAAUCAAGUGAACGAAGCUACAUUAUCAUCAACUAAUUGUGAAGUCAAUAAAACUUCUCCUUAUUUCGAUAAUUCUACUAAUAAUCAAUCUGAUGAAAAUAGUCAAAUAGGAAAAAAUGAAGAGAAUCAACAAGGCAAUAGUGGUGAUAAUAACGACAGUAAUGCGGUUACACAACAUGAACCUUUGUCGUCUACACUAACUUCACCCCCAUCCAAUUGGAGACCGUUAUUAUUAUUUGUCCCUCUUAGGCUUGGAUUACAUAAUCCUAAUCCCUGCUAUUUUAAUGCUAUUAAGGCUGUGUUUCGUGUGCCGUAUUGUAUUGGCAUCUUGGGUGGAUCACCGUGUCAUGCUGUAUGGAUUGUAGGCGUUGUCGGAGAUGAUGUGAUCUGUUUAGAUCCACAUACUACACAACCUGCAGGUCGUGGUAACUUAAAAUCAGAAUAUGAUCAAACAUAUCAUUGUGAAAAUCCUAUACGUAUGCCACUGAAACGAUUGGAUCCUAGUAUGGUGUUAGGGUUUCUAUGUUCAACUGAAAAAGAAUUUGAUGACUUAAUCAAUAAUUUAAAAGAGGAAGUUUUACACCCUUCUGUGGCUAGUUCAUGGCCUUUAGUAGAGAUUCAUGCAACACGACCGGCUAAUCUACCACCACUUCCAUCUUCAUCAAAUCCAUCCAAUGAUCUCUUGAUAUCUGUCUAUACAGCAGAUAAUGCUAUUGGUGAUUGUGGUAUCGAUAAGAAAAAUGACACCACUGGUAAAGAUCAAACAAGUACAGAUGUAGAAUGUGAAAGUAAAUUAAGCGAAGCAGUUGGUGCUGUCAAAACUCUAUGGUCUAAGUGCAAUCAAAUGGCUGGUGAUACUGUUCGCAGUCUAGCGAGUGUACCACAAAGACUUGUUAAAGGUUCUGAAUACGAGGUGGUUUGAAGAAAAAGUGCAAAAUGAUAAUGGAGCGCAUAUUGCACAUAUAUAUACGCUAUUCACUUUGUGGAGUCAAUAAAGAAUUUUAAACACACGAGAUGAUCAACAUUCUACAUAAAUUUACUUUUAUAUACAUAUAUAUAUAUAUAUAUAUAUAUAUAUAUAUAUAUAUCUUAACAAUGAAAAGAAACAGUUAUAAUGGUGAUACACUAGAUUAUUGUAAUUUUUGCCCUACUGUUAUAUUUCUCUAAUGGUUAUUGCUGUUAUUAUCACUAUUAUUAUUAUUAUUAUGAUUCUUGUCUUUUCUCUCUGUCUAACACGCCUUCACUUUUGCCUAUUUUGUCCAUUAUGCAGAUACUGACAGGUGUAAACUGUGAUGUGUCAGUCUUGUGUAUCGUUACUUUAUUUUUUUCUCUUUGAUUUUCUACAGGAUACCAUUAUUAUACUGCUUACAAUACUUUACGUAAUUUUUAUUCAACUGAACAAAAAAAACCUUGAUUCUUCUUUCGCUAUUCCUCCUUAUACCCAAUUACCCAGCAAAGGAGAUCCCAAAAGGUAUUUAACUUCCUUCUUUCACUGGAUUUAUCGUUUUAUGUCUUAAUUCCUCUUUCUCUUUAUUUUCAAAGUGAAGUGUUGUCUUCUGCUUCCAUCUCAUAAACAAAAAACAAACACAGAAUACACCUGGUUCCAGUCACCUAUUCAUUGGCGCGUUCACAACUACACCCACCAACACAUAACAGCUAUUUCUGCAAACAUUACAGUUUAUUGUUUAAUGUGAUACUGAAUUUUUUUUAUAAUAACUUCCGUUAUUAUUAUUAUUAUUACUAUUAUUACUUUUCUUAUUAUUUGACGAUUACAAAUAAUGCGUGUAACACAGAUGAAUACCGGGAACUGUUUGAUACUACAAGCUUGUUAAUUCUCUUAUCUGUCAGACUAACUAUCGUUUUUUUCUUUUGAUUUCAGGGGAAUGGUGACUGUGUGUGUGUUGUUGCAAACUUAAUUUGUCUUAUAAAAGUAUUCG